CAAUUCCUCAUCUCCUCGUCUAAACCCUAGAAUCGCACGGCCAGUAAUUGAGCUAAAUAUCAAUCCCGACCAUCCAAUAGUUUAUAAAUACCUCUUAACCUCACACCUCAAAACCCUACUCCAAGCUCAUCCACUGCGCAUCUGAGAGAAAUACUUUAAGAAUCAUGUCUCAUCGCAAGUUUGAACACCCAAGACACGGUUCCCUAGGAUUUCUUCCAAGGAAGAGGGCAGCACGUCAUAGAGGCAAAGUGAAAGCCUUCCCAAAAGAUGAUCCUGCAAAACCUUGCAGAUUGACUGCAUUCCUUGGCUACAAAGCUGGGAUGACUCAUAUUGUUAGAGAAGUUGAAAAGCCUGGGUCAAAGUUGCACAAGAAAGAGACUUGUGAAGCUGUAACAAUUAUUGAAGCACCGGCAAUGAUUGUUGUUGGGGUGGUUGGUUAUAUAAAAACACCACGAGGCCUUCGUUCUCUGAGUACCGUUUGGGCCCAACAUCUGAAUGAAGAAGUGAAGAGGAGGUUCUAUAAGAACUGGUGCAAGUCUAAGAAGAAGGCCUUUAGCAAGUACUCAAAGAAGUAUGAAAAUGAAGAAGGGAAAAAGGAUAUUCAAUCACAAUUGGAGAAAAUGAAGAAAUACUGCACUGUGAUCCGUGUUCUUGCUCACACCCAGAUUCGAAAGAUGAAAGGGCUAAAGCAGAAGAAGGCCCACUUGAUGGAGAUACAAGUGAAUGGGGGAGAUGUUGCUAAAAAGGUGGACUUUGCCUAUAGCUUUUUCGAAAAGCAGGUUCCAAUUGAUGCUGUCUUUCAAAAAGAUGAGAUGAUUGACAUAAUAGGUGUGACCAAGGGUAAGGGUUAUGAAGGUGUUGUUACCCGUUGGGGUGUCACCCGUCUUCCUCGCAAGACGCAUCGUGGUCUCCGCAAGGUUGCAUGUAUUGGUGCAUGGCAUCCUGCCAGAGUUUCAUAUACAGUUGCUAGGGCUGGGCAAAAUGGUUAUCACCAUCGUACUGAGAUGAACAAAAAGAUUUACAAGUUGGGGAAGGUUGGUCAGGAAAACCAUUCUGCCAUCACUGAGUUUGACAGGACUGAGAAGGAGAUCACACCCAUGGGUGGUUUCCCCCAUUAUGGUGUUGUGAAAGAUGACUACAUAUUGAUCAAGGGAUGCUGUGUUGGACCAAAAAAGAGGGUUGUCACCCUGAGGCAGUCACUCUUGACCCAGACUUCUAGGCUUGCGAUGGAGGAAAUUAAGCUGAAGUUCAUAGAUACAUCUUCCAAGUUUGGCCAUGGUCGUUUCCAGACAGUUGAGGAGAAGGCCAAGUUCUAUGGCCGACUCAAAGCGUGAAGAACCGGAGCUGUCUAAUAAUUUGAGUACAUCCCUGUGAUGGUUGUUAGCUUUUGAGAUAUAGUAGCGAACUUGUUCUUCCAGAUUUUACAUACAAAGAUACUUUUUGUAGUUUCCAUAAUUCCGGUUUAGACUCAUGGUUUUGGUACUAUUGUCUCGGAUUUUGAUGUUGUUUCAAUCCUGGUCAGUGUUGGAUUUAUGAAGCUUUAUUUGGCCGUAA